UCCCCUUCUCUUUGCAGGAGGAUGACACCCAGUCAGGAAGUCUGUUCCAAGAAGAAGUACUUGUCCCUCUCAAAUACAACAUCCUGCCCGUCAUCAAAAAGAAUACGGAGGAGGCGCAUCAGCAGACGAACCAUGCCAAGACAAAGUGUAGCACUUCACUGGGCGCCUCACUGGAUCGCAGUUUGCCUUUUCAAGCCAGGGUCUUGCAACAGACUUCCACAGCUGUGAACAGUGUGCCCCAGAUGCAGGUGCCAGGCAGUCAGGUGACUGUGAAGUUGAGCAAUCCAAAGCUCCUCCCCAUGACAUACAGCAUCCUACCUGACAUUAGACAGAAAGUGGUUGAGAGAAACUGCCAGAUAGACCAGCAGGAGAGUUCAGAGGUCAACAUCCCUUUGAGGCCCACAGAGGAGGAGGAGGCAAAGAGUGUCUCUAUCAACCUAAAUCAGGAAACAGUUUGGACGGGGCUGGCACUGCCCAUGUCACCAGCAGUGGCUCUGAAGUACUUCCAGAAUCACCUGACCAACUUGGAGCAGAAGGAGAUCCUGGACUUCCCAGAGAUUUGGUAUCUGGGCCUGGGGGCUGAGAAGAAGGACUCCCAGGACAUGCCUGAGCACUCUGAAGACUCCAAUUUCAACUCUGACCCUGAAGAUGAAUGUGGGGUCUACAUCCCGGUUCUGCAUGACCACAUUGCCUACCGCUAUGAGAUUCUGGAAAAUCUUGGACAAGGAUCGUUUGGCCUGGUUCUGAAGUGUAUGGAUCACAAGACUAAGGAGCAGGUGGCACUAAAGGUCAUUCAUGACACGGAGAGUGCAAAUUACAUGGCCCUCAAGGAACUGGAGAUCCUGGAUGUGGUGCGGAGGGAAGACAAGGAAAACCAAUACAACGUCAUCCACAUGAAGGAGCACAUGACCUUCCGGAAACAGCUCUGCAUCAGCUUUGAGCUCCAGGGGAGAACAUCCUUCUGUCAGAGAAAAAACAUGGAAACAUCAAGGUGGCCGACUUUGGGUGCAGCUUCUACGAGCACCAAGAAGGAGUGGUAG